AUGGAGAAGCAAAGCAGUUUUCGGAACACAUCGAUCGAGAAGCAGCAGAGCUUCCGGGGUGCGCCAAUGGAGAAGCAGAAGAGCUUCAGGGGAUUAAUGGAGAAGCAGAAGAGCUUCCGAAUAGCAAUGGAGAGGCAGCUGAGCUUCGGUGGGGACCGUAAGAGGGGGAAAGACUCCCCGGGAAAACGUGGGGACACCCCACUCCACCUGGCUGCUCGGGCGGGUAAUCUGGGGAAGGUGAAAGAAAUCAUUCACAAGUUUGAUAGUGCCAAUAAUGGUGGUGUGAGGGACUUGUUGACGAAGCAGAACCAGGAAGGGGAGACCCCACUGUAUGUGGCGGCUGAGAAUGGGCAUAAGCUGGUGGUGGAGGAGUUACUGAAGCACUCGGAUGCUGAGGCUUCGUCUAUUCCGGCGAAUAACGGGCUCGACCCGUUCCAUGUGGCUGCCAAGCAGGGGCAUCUUGAUGUCCUAAAGGAGCUGAGGCGUUCUUUCCCGAGCCUUGUGAUGACAACCGACACCACAAAUUCGACUGCUCUACACACGGCAGCUGCCCAGGGGCACACGGAGGUCGUGAACCUUCUUCUGGACACAGACUCUAACCUUGCCAAGAUCACCCGCAACAAUGGCAAGAGCGUGCUCCACACGGCAGCCAGGAUGGGCCACCUGGAGGUGGUUAAAUCUCUGUUGAGUAAAGACCCGAGCAUCGGGUUCAAGACUGACAGGAAAGGCCAGACCGCAUUGCACAUGGCUGUGAAGGGGCAGAAUAUUGACAUAGUGCGGGAGCUCGUGAGGCCUGACCCUUCCCUGCUCGGGGUAGAGGACAACAAAGGGAAUACAGCACUGCAUAUUGCAACCAGGAAGGGUCGGAUUCAGAUGGUGCAAUGCCUGAUAUCCACGGAGGGCAUCAACCUCAACCCGACCAACUCUGCCGGCGAGACACCCCUCGACAUUGCCGAAAACCUCGGCAACCCCGAACUAACCGCCGCCCUCCGAGCUGCCGGUGCUGCCCACUCGGCAGACCACGGCAAGCCCCGAACCUCUUCCAAGCACCUCAAACAGACCGUGAGUGAUAUCAAGCACGACGUCCAGUCCCAGCUCCACCAGACCCGCCGAACGGGCUUCAAGGUCCGAAAAAUCGCUAAAAGGGUCAAGAAACUCCACAUCGAGGGCCUCAACAACGCCAUCAACUCAGCCACGGUCGUGGCAGUCCUCAUCGCCACCGUGGCCUUCGCCGCCAUCUUCACGGUCCCGGGCCAGUACGUCGAUGACAGCGGUCCCAACAUGGGAGAGGCCCAUGUGGCCCACGACCCGGCCUUUUUGAUCUUCUUCGUGUUCGACAGCAUCGCGCUUUUCAUAUCUUUGGCUGUGGUGGUCGUGCAGACUUCGCUGGUCGUGAUCGAGCACAAGGCCAAGAAGCAGCUCAUGUCGGUCAUCAACAAGCUUAUGUGGCUCGCGUGCCUUUUCAUAUCGAUUGCUUUCAUCGCGCUGGCGUACAUUGUGGUCGGGUCCCACGAGCGGUGGCUGGCCGUGUACGCGACUGUGGUGGGUGGCACAAUCAUGACGGCCACGAUCGGGUCCAUGUGCUACUGUGUGGUGAGGCACAGGCUGGAGGACUCGAGGAUGAGGAGCGUGAGGAGGGGGUCCACGCUUUCUCGCUCGUUUUCGCUGUCGAAUUUGUCGGAGAGCGAGAUGUAUAGCGAGAGGUAUAAGAAGAUGUAUGCUGUCUGA